AUGAAAGGAUGGAAUUCUUGGAAUCAUUUUGGUUGCACAAUUAAUGAAAAACUUAUAAUGGCUAUGACAGAUGUUAUUGUGAGCAGUGGGCUUGCAGCAGCUGGCUAUGAAUACAUCAACUUAGAUGAUUGUUGGCAGUUAAGUCGGGAUGCUGAUGAAAUUAUUCAGGCUGAUCCAAUAGCUUUUCCAAGUGGGAUUGCCGCCCUCGCCGAUUAUGUACAUUCCAAAAAAUUGAAAUUUGGUUUGUAUUCUGAUGCUGGUUUCAAGACAUGUGACGGACGUCCCGGUUCACUUGGCUAUGAAACAAAAGAUGCUAAUACUUAUGCAUCAUGGCAAGUCGAUUAUCUGAAAUACGACAAUUGUAAUACAGAUCAAACAAUUCCAGAGAAACGUUAUCCGGUAAUGAGAGAUGCAUUGAAUGCCACUGGUAGACAAAUAUUUUACUCAAUGUGUGAAUGGGGAGUUGAUCAACCCGCCUUGUGGGCAGCUGCUGUAGGCAAUUCUUGGCGUACAACUGGCGACAUCAGCGAUAAUUGGAAUUCAAUGAUUUCUAACAUUGAUAUUAACAACCAAUAUGCUGAUCGAGCAGCACCUGGUGGAUGGAAUGAUCCGGAUAUGCUCGAGGUCGGGAACGGUGGAAUGACAAAUACCGAAUACAUUUCACAUUUCAGUAUAUGGGCUAUAUCGAAAGCACCACUCCUAAUUGGAAGUGAUGUGACGAAAAUAAGUCAAGAAACAUUGAAUAUUCUGACAAAUCCAGAAGUAAUUGCCGUUAAUCAAGAUUCAUUGGGAUCACAAGGAAAAAAAGUAGCCACCUACUCAUCUCGAUACACGAAUACGACUAUAACUGCUGUUGCCACUGCACCUUGUUUAGGAGAGGAUAAAAAUUUAGGUCAACAAUGGGAGUUUGAAAAUUCCGAUAACACUAUUCGAAGUCUGUUGGAUGGUAGAUGUUUGCAAAUAUACAGCUACAACUGUAGUGAAGAACAAACCUCAUCGAUUAUUGUUGGUCCGUGCACAGUAGGCGAACCUCAAAUGCCGUGCAGUUCAUUAAACCAACAAUGGAAAACAAGUUCAACGAUCAACGGUAAAAUUCAAACACUUUUGAAUGGAAAAUGUUUGAAUGUUGGACCAAAUGUAGGUGUAUUUACUUGUGAUAGACAAGAUAAUCAAAAAUGGAAUUGGAAUUCACAAGAUUCGACUAUCCGAACCAAAUUAAAUGGAAAUUGUCUAACAGUUCAACAAGAUUUAGAAGUAUGGGCAGGACCACUGGCAGAUGGAUCACAGGCUGUUUUGCUUUUAAAUCGUGGUGUUAAUCAUGCACCAAUGACAGUGAAAUGGACGGAUAUUGGAUUGAAAACAGAACAAAAUGCACUCGUUCGAGAUUUAUGGAAACGUAUGGAUUUAGGAACAUUUACAGGUAUGUACUCCGAACCAAUGGUUGAAUCGCAUGGUGUUGUUAUGCUAAAGAUAACACCUUCAAUAUAA